AUGCUACUUGCAAUCAUAAUACAAGAAUAUAUAGAUAGACAAGAUCCUAGAUUCGGUUCUGGAAGACGAUACCGUGCAAAACUCGUUACCGGAAAGCGAGGUGCAGUUGCAGCAGAAGUGGAAAGAUGUAGUGUCAUCGGAGUGGACAUCCUCAAGCAAAAAGGUAACGCCGUUGAUGCUGCAAUCGCUUCAACUUUGUGUACCGGUGUGAUUGAUAUGUUCAGUUCGGGUAUCGGAGGUGGUGGUUUCAUGAUCGUACGUGUUCCAAGAUCUUGCUCGAAAUCAGAAAAGAAGGAUGGUCUCAAACACUGCAGUACAAAGACUACAAUAGACUUCCGGGAAACAGCACCUGCAGGGGCAUAUCCAACCAUGUAUGAAGGUCGUCCAAAUGCGGCCAGAUGGGGGGGAUUGGCAGUAGGUGUACCAGGUGAAUUGAAAGGGUUGGAGGAAGCCCACAAGCGAUGGGGUAGACUACCAUGGCACAAGCUUGUUGAGCCAAGUAUCAAACUGGCUGAAGGCACAUGGGUAUCACCCGAAUUGGACAAACGGUUGAAACUAUUUGGUGGAAAGAUGCUAGACGACCCUGAUUGGUCAGAAGUGUUUGUGAACCAAGACCGCGGUACCCUCCUACGAGAAGGUGAAAAGAUCAAAAGAACUGCAUUAGCAAAAACACUGAAAGCUGUUGCUCGCAACGGGUCGGACGUAUUCUAUCAUGGUCCGAUUGCAGAAUCUAUGGUGAACAAGGCGCAAUCUAUGGGUGGUGUUCUUACCACUGAAGACUUAGCAAACUAUCAAGUAGAAGUUCGUGAUGUAGUAGAGGGUCAAUGGUACGAUAGAAGGGUAUUUACCACACCUGCCCCUACUUCAGGUCCAAUCCUACUCUCUUUGUUACAAGUGACGAGCGGAUUUAAGGAUUGGAUCUCUAGAGGAGCGCAUGAUGGCUUAAAUGUCCAUCGAAUGAUCGAAGCAAUGAAGUUUGGAGCAGCUCAACGUACACGGUUGGGAGAUCCAGCAUUCUUGAAGAAGAAAGCUUUGAAAGUGAUUGAUAAGAUCCCAACCUUGGAAGAGGCUGAUCGGGUUCGAUCUAGAAUCGAUGACAACCAUACCCACCCAAUCGAAUACUACGACCCGCUUUACGAUAUUCAAUCACCACAUGGGACGAUGCACUUGAGCACAGUUGAUGAAGACGGAAUGGCAGUUGCAUUGACGAGCACGGUAAAUCUACCGUUUGGAAGUGGAGUUUUGGAUCCAAUCACAGGUGUGAUUCUCAACGAUGAAAUGGACGAUUCUUCUACGCCUGGCGUUCCAAACGCUUUUGGCUUAUACCCAUCCCCUUACAAUUAUCCCGAACCUGGCAAGAGACCUUUGAGUAGUACUUCGCCAGCGAUUGUUGAGGAAAAGAAUGGAAGAUUUUUGAUGGCAAUCGGAGGAUCAGGUGGUUCACGUAUUCAUGGUUCGGUUGCACAAGUUUUGUUUAAUUUAGAUUGGGGUAUGGACCUUUCUGCUGCGAUUGAAAGGCCAAGGUUUCAUCAUCAACUUUUACCUGUUGAAGUCAGUAUCGAAAGUACGGCAGAAGAGGAACUUAUUGAAGAAUUGCGUAAACGUGGUCAUUUGAUUUCCAUGUUCGACAUUGAUAUGGCUUAUGCGGAAGUACAAGCUGUUAUGGCUAAGAAUACACCCGGAAAGCAUCGUUCUAUUGUUGCUGCAAGUGAUUCUAGAAAGGGAGGUAUUGCUGCUGCUUAUUGA